AUGGCUUUACAAGACGUCGUCACCAGAGAAUAUACCAUCAACUUGCACAAGAGAGUAUGUCCAACGUUCCAGGCAGGAAGUGUAUCCUUUUUUUUUUGAAGAUUUUUCGGAGUUGUCAGCGCCAUUCUUUUUAGAAGGUGGAUGGAGGUCUGGACGAGUUUAGAAGUCAAGACACCUUUUUUUUAAAGAGAAGUCGUGAGUUUCUGGAUACUCAAGAGACGAGCGAGGUGGUGAAAGGAGACUCCGCUUGGAUCAAGCUGGGAGGAGGAGAAUGAGAGCAGAACCACAUUGAAUGUGGCAUCAAGCUCAAGCACUUGAAAAUGAUUUUCUCGCCAGGUCAACGCGGCAGAAAACUCUAUCCCGUCAGAACCGCAAGCAAGCAGUGGCUUGACCUUUAAUCGCCCGAAUUUUCAAAAAAUUUUCAAAAAUCAAGCGAGUACUUGAAGCACGAAAAUACUAACUUUACCAAUUCUCUUUAGUUGCACGGUGUUCAUUUCAAAAAGAGAGCCCCAAAGGCUGUCAAGGAAAUCAGAAAGUUUGCCACUUUGCACAUGGGCACCACCGAUGUCAGAUUGGACCCUAAAUUGAACGUUGCUUUGUGGAAAAGAGGUGUGCAAGGUGUCGAGCACAGGGUGAGAUUGAGAAUCUCCAGAAAGAGAAACGACGAAGAAAAUGCAAAGGAGAAAUUGUUCGCAUACGUUGAACCCGUAAUUGUCCCAUCCACCAAAGGUUUGCACACUGUUGUUGUUGAAGACGAAGAGUAA